AUGUUAGAAAGUGCUGCGACUUUCAAACCUGCAUUGAUCCUCCACGGAGGUGCAGGAAACCUCAAACGCGCCACUCUUCCGCCGGAUCUCUACGCCGCCUAUCACGCCUCGCUUCAGUCUUAUCUCCGCUCCACUCAUGCACUCCUCGCCAGCGGCGCAUCGGCCCUCGAUGCCGCGGUGCAUGCGGUGUCCUUGAUGGAAGAUGACGAGCUCUUUAAUUGCGGCCGUGGAAGCGUCUUUACUACCGCAGGCACAAUUGAGAUGGAAGCUUCUGUGAUGGUGACAUCGGUCCAAGGCUCCAUCAAAGACUUGGAAGGCACAAUAAAGCGCGGUGCGGGUGUAAUGGGUGUGAAGAACGUCCGUCAUCCUAUUCGUCUUGCGCGCGAGUCUCUUCUACGUACUGGGUAUUACGCAAAUGGCAAGCCGAGUAAUGACGGUGGUUCUAUGCAUUCUCAGCUGCAUGGCCCUCAGGUGGAGGCAUUGGCUCGCGAAUGGGGACUGGAGUCCAGGUCCGAUGAAUGGUUUUGGACAAAGCGUCGCUGGGACGAGCACCAACGGGGAUUGAAGGGAGAAGCGGAGCCUCUUUCGCUGAGUCAAGGCACCGUUGGUUGUGUCUGUCUGGAUCAAUGGGGUAACUUGGCGGUAGCCACUAGUACUGGUGGGCUGACCAAUAAACUUCCCGGUCGAAUUGGCGACACUCCAACUCUUGGUGCGGGCUUUUGGGCUGAAUCAUGGGAUGAGAUCAUUUCGAAUAUACCGAUGACCGCGGCGUCUUAUUCCUCUCCUCUAUCUACUGGAAAUUAUUUCCAGGAAGCAAAGGACUGGCUGGCGGAUUGUUUGCCUCCUUUCCUCAGGGAAACUAGUCCUCCAGCUUACAUGUCACUCCCUACCCAGGUGGAUCGAAGGGAAUUGGGCGCUGAGAAGCAAGCUUUAUGUUACGAAGAACCAUCUGCUCCAAAGUCCAAGAAACGUGCUAUUGCAAUUUCAGGAACUGGAAAUGGCGACUCGUUCCUCCGCGUUGCGGCCGCACGUACCGCAGCCGCUAUGAUGCGUUUCUCUGCACCGGGUCUUUCUCUAGCUGAUGCUGUCACCGCAGUGGCUGGCCCGGGUGGUGAGCUUCAACGCUCUGCUGGACAGCGAUGGAACAUCACCGGCGAGGGCGAGGGUGGCAUUAUUGGCAUCGAAGCUGAUUCUGCACCUGCUACUACUGGGCAACUGCGCCGGGGCAAAGUCGUCUCUGACUUUAAUUCUGGUGGGAUGUGGCGUGCAUGGGUUGACGAGGACAGUACCGGUAGAGAAAUUGAGCGGAUUAUGGUUUUCCGAGAGGAGUACCAGUAG